AUGGCAAAAAGAUCAUUUAAAUGUUUUGUGGAACAAGAUCUGGGAAAGCUCCCACUCUUCUUGAUCUAUGCUGUGCUCGAAUGGGUGCUAAUUGCUGUGGUAUUUAUUGAUGGGUUACUUGCGUUUUUUGCCAACGAAUUUACCUUUUUUGCCAACGAAUUUACUAAGUUCUUCGAGUUGAAAAUCCCUUGUUUGCUCUGCACAAGGAUUGAUCUUGCUGUGGUUCGUAGAGAUGCUGAUCUUUAUUACAACCAAUCCAUAUGUGAAAAUCACAAGAAGGAAGUUUCAAGUCUAGCUUAUUGUCGUGUCCACAAGAAGCUUACGGAUAUAAGAAAAAUGCGUGAGGGGUGUCUUCUUUCUUUUGCUACGAAGAAAGAAUCUGAUUGUGAUACAUACAAAUCUCCUGUUAGGGCUUUACAUAAGAAUAUCGAGCUGUUUGUUGAUGAUGAUCGUGACAUUCAUUUGAGGCUGCCUACUGGAGGAAAAGACAACACGGUGCCAGCUGAGAAGAGCAACCUCCACCAGGGUUCAUGUUGUGGGAGCCCAUUGAAGGUAGAGGCCUACACGAAGGGAAAGACUUCAUGCACGCUCUCACAAGCUCCUACUCCUUCUCCCUGGGUACCAUUGGUGAGUUUGAGAAAUGAGGACCCUCGGAAGUUGGACUUAUCCCACGUGCGAUGCACAGAACUCAACUUAUUCUCAGAAAAUGAUACAGAGCUUCAAGAUGAUGAGGAUGUCUCCCAUGCAGCACAUCUGGAUAAGCAAUUUGCGGACGAUGUGAAAGCUGCUAUGGUGCCAUUGCUGACAGAAGCUGAGAAUACGAAUGAAGAUUGGACCUCUACAUUUUCCAGAGGAAAUAAGUUUCUUGGAAUCCUACUAACAGAUUCAGCCACCACCAGUCCCAGGGCAUUUACUAGGUUUCCAAGGAAAUCAUUCCUUGACGAAACUGAAGAUGCUUCAGAGUCCACUGAAGGGACUUGUCUAUCAAAUGAGGUAGAUGAUGACUCAAUUUUGCACCAAUUGAAGAAACAGGUUCGUCUGGAUCGCAAGUUACUGGUGGCUUUAUACAUGGAAUUGGAUGAAGAAAGAAGUGCUUCGGCCGUUGCAGCUACUAAUGCAAUGGCCAUGAUCACCUGGUUGCAGGCAGAGAGGGCAGCUGUUCAGAUGGAGGCAAUACAGUAUCAAAGAAUGAUGGAGGAGCAGGCAGAGUAUGACCACGAGGCCCUGCAAGCAACAAGGGAUAUACUUUCCAAGAGAGAGGAACAAAUCAAGGGUUUAGAGUUUGAGCUUAUGGCCUUUAGAGAAAAAUAUGGAGUCUUUUUCGGACAAGGUUUUAUGGGAUCCGGAGAUGAGAUUGAUGAGGAUUGUCAUGAGUUGAAACCACAUUCUCAUUCAUCUUAUUAG